AUGGAUAGUUGGUAUGAAGUGCUCACAGCAUGCGAUCCAAGUCUAAAUGUUGUUCAAUCUAUAACAGCCAUCGCUUUCGAUCCAUAUCAAGAACUUCUAUGGACUGGAAAUGAUAAAGGUCGUGUGAUUUCUCAUUUUGGUGAUGGCUUACAACGAUAUACGAGUUUUAGAUCACACUUGUCUCAAGUCCGUCAGUUAUUAGUCAGUGAUAAGGGUGUGAUAUCAUUAAGCCCAGAUUCUAUUAGAAUGACCAAUCGAAGAGGUUUGGUCAGAUGGACUAUGAGUAAUGAAGAUACUUCAAAUUUACAUUGCAUGGCUUAUACUACUAUUCCAAAUUCAGAGAUUUUGGCUGCUGGAAAACAAAAUAAUAUGCUUGUUAUUAAUGUUGCAAGAGGUUCUGUAGUUAAAAAGGUUGAAUCAAUGAAUGAAAUUGUGGUUAUGCGAAAAUCAAGACUUGUUUGCUGUGGUGCAACUUCUGGUGAAGUGAUUUUGAGAGAUCCGAAUACUUUCAGAGUUGAACACAGAAUACGUGCACACACUGGAACUAUAUCUGAUAUAGAUACUAGUGGAAAUUUGUUACUAACUUGUGGAUUUUCUGUCAGGACAAUGCGUCCUCUUGCACCCAUCCCUUUUUAUUCUGGUCCCUGCUUUAUCAGAAUGCAUCCCAAACUUUCAACUACUGUUUUCGUCGUGUCUCGAUCUGGCCAAUUCCACGUCUGUGACGUAGGAAAUGUAUCUGACAUUCAUUUUUAUCAGGCAAAUACUGCUAGUUAUAUAAAUGCUUUUGACCUUUCAACAUCUGGUGAAACGCUUGCGUUUGGGGACAGUGCUAGCAUUGUACAUCUUUGGAGCGAUAGAAAGGGUUCAAAAAUUAAUGCUUACUCUGGUAAUGUUGAGUUACCUGCUGUCCCUUCUCCAGCUCCGAAUGUAUUUAUUGGUGAAGAUGAUCCCUUAUCAUUAAUCGGAAUGCCUUAUUACCGAGAACCAUUGCUUUCUGUGUGGCCAUCUAAUAUGAUGUUUGAAGUCGGAAAUCCACCUCCAAAAAUAGAUCCCGACAUCAUGAAUAAUAUGAAAAUGAUUGAUUUUGUUGGAUACGCCCCAAAUAUAGGUAACAAAAAACGAAAUCAAGCUGUUAGAUGGUCAAAGAAAAAAAAUAAAGCCGGAACUCCAAAGUUUCGUUCUGAAAAGGAAAGAGAAUUGCAAUCUGGAAAAGAGUCCAAGGAACCGAUCAAUUUAUUUGAAGAAGAAGCUGAAUUGGGUGCGAUUGGCACUAGAAUGCCAAAAUAUUAUAAACGAGUGGAAAUUAAAUAUACUCUUUGUUUGAUAACUAAAUCUCAUAUUGGUUCUUCAUGUUCAAAAGAAAAUUGCCUUUGUUGUGAGCUUGGGUUUUUGUUUCGUAUGUUAGAAGAUGCUGUAGGAAGAAAUUGUCAAGCUUCUAAUUUUUUGAAAGCUUUCAGUACAAUUCCACAAGCGGUAGCUCUCGAUCUAUUUGAACCGGAUAAGCCUGACGAAAAGUCUCCAUAUUCAAUGCUUAUUCAGAGUUUUAAUCGUUUCAUCCUUGAACAACUUCAUCAGGAAUGCAAUUCUGAUAAUAAUCCACGAUUGUUAAAGUCUUUGCCUUUGGAAAAAACUUCUCUUUCGGUUAUACAACAAUUGUUUGGAAUGCAAAUGAUUUCGGUUAACAAGUGUCAAUGCGAAGCGGAAACUGAACGCAAUAUCACUUCAUUUGUUGUUGAUUUAAAUUAUUCUAUAAAAAAUUCAAAGGACAAGCAUACUGCACCAAAGUCAUUUAUAGACAUUUUACGGUCAAGUAUUAGGCGCGAAACCCAACCAAAAGCAUGGUGCAAUAAUUGUCAACAAUAUACUCCAAUAAUCGCUAAAAAAAUACCAAAAAGUUUACCUCCCGUUUUGACAAUUAAUUGUGGUCUUGGAACAUCAGUUCCAUUAGAUUAUUGGAGAUCACUUGAGAAGAGUAAACCUUGGUUACAAAAAAGAAUUUCUAUGAGGCUAGAACAAGAUGACUUAAUUAUAAAAGAAUUAGCACCAGAUGCAGUUGUUGAUACUAUUCCUGACAAUGAACUAGAAUCAGGAAGUAAAGGUCCUUGGUAUUUGUUUAAUGACUUUUUAGUCAGAAAUGUGACAGAACAAGAAGUCUUCAAUUUUCAGGGGUUAUGGAAAACACCAGUAGUUUUAUACUAUUCAAGAAUUGAUAUUACUGAUCUGAUAGAUAUAAGUGCCCUACCUUCUGAAAUUGAUAAAUCUAUACUAUUCAAAGAUAUUUCAAUAUCCAAGCAUCGUUUAACUAAUAACAAAACAGCGCACUUACUAACACCAGAAGAAUUGCCACAACCUGGAACAUUAGUCGCAAUUGAUGCCGAAUUUGUUGUUUUGAACCAGGAGGAGACAGAGAUUAGAAGUGAUGGAACAAAAUCGGUUAUUAGACCAAGCCGUCUAAGUUUAGCUCGUGUUAGCGUUCUACGUGGUGAAGGACCAAAAGAAAGUAUACCAUUCAUUGACGAUUAUAUUGCAACAUCAGAACCCGUCGUUGAUUAUUUAACUGAAUUUUCUGGGAUUGAAGCUGGUGAUUUGGAUAUCUCAGCAUCUAAACAUACGGUAGUCCCCCUCAAGGUUGCUUAUAAAAAAUUACGAUUACUUCUUGAUCUUGGUUGUGUCUUUGUCGGUCAUGGAUUAAAAAAAGAUUUUCGCAUAAUAAAUAUAUUAGUUCCUUCAGAACAAGUAAUUGACACUGUUGAUUUAUUUUAUUCAAAGAAUCGAGCAAGGAAAAUAUCACUUCGAUUUUUAGCUUGGUAUUUAUUAAGACAAGAUAUACAAACGGAGACACAUGACAGUAUUGAAGAUGCUAGAACAGCAUUAGCUAUCUAUAAAAAAUAUUUACAAUUUAAGUCUGAAGGUAUAUUUGAAGAAGUGCUAGAAGAUAUUUACAACGAAGGUAAAAAAUACAAUUGGAAACCCAUCCCUGGAGCAUUUCCUGCUAUAAGGUAUUGA